GUGAAAAACUCCAGGAAAUUUUUUCUUUAUGUGGGUCAAAAUGAUAUAAUUUUGAAAAUUUUCGGAGAAGAAAAAUUUGGCAAGCCAUAAAUAAAGACAAUCAAAUUAUGUGCCAUUGCAUGUGUGUGGAAAGAUCGCUUGCGGCCGUUUUAAAAAUAGAUUCAGAAGUGCGGGAGACGCUUUCACAAAAAUAUUAAAGUGAAACUAAAUCAUAUGGAAAUUAAGCUAAAUACAAAAAAAUAUUAAAAUCUAAUUAUUAAAAGUAAUUAUAUAAAAAAUAUAACCCUGGUGCCUUCAAAUUGGGGUCUGCAAAAAUAAGUAUCUGUGGCAAAAUAUUAAAAUGGACCAUGAAACGACAACAGUACGAAGAAGACGUAGAGUUCCCGUUCGUGCGACACGUGAGCAAACACCAGAUGCACACCUCGUGCAGAACGGCAGACGGAAAUAUUCCGAAGACGAUAGCAGCCAAUUGGAUAUCACGACUGCAUCUGAGGAGACUGCAGCACAAACUGUGCGCAUGCAAAUACGUCCGCCGGGCAGUAUGUCAGCUCAUGAAAGUAAAAUUUUACGCAGAAGAGAUAAAACUUUUGCCAGCGCAGCAGCGCGUAGUCUCUCGCAGCCAAGAGAAGCUGAACGUCUUUCAAAUCCAGAAGCGAGUGAUCUUAUACGUACAGCUAAACGCAGCUUAUCAUCACCACGGAACAAAGAAGAAUCCAGCGAAUGUGAAGUUGCCACCGCUAAGCAACGCACACUUUCGCCUGAUAUGCGUACUGAGAAUGCUCCAAUUCCGGCAGCCGAUGAGAAUCUUAGCCGUUUAGAUCGCAAUUUGCGCCGCUUUGAAGAAGAACGCAAACGUUUCGAUACUGAGAAGCAACAAUUUGAGCGUGAAAAGCGUGAGCAUAAACAGCGGCAUAAGCAAAUGUUGGACAACGAGGAACGCAAGCGUUUGCUGCAAAGCUAUCGUAAGCUCAGCGAUCGAAUACAAUUACCAGCCGAUGCGGAGGAAAGGCGGCGUUUAGUACACAGCUUGCGUUUGCAGCGCAAUGAUGCACCCACAACAGUACGUCGACGUACGCGUCACAGUGGAUAUGAAGAAUCUUCCACACAGUUCUCAUCAUCUGAAGCUGAUGUGGAGGAAGUAACACAUAAGCGGCUAACAAAACAAUUAUCUCCCACAAGUCGUGCAAUUUUACAUACAGAGAGUUUACGCGGACCACCACCAGAGCCGCCUAAAAAAAAUGCACGACAGGCGGUAAGCAGGAACAACUCGCUGUCACCAAUUCGACCACAAAGGCGUUCCAAAACACCUGAGCAGCGCGCAGAAAUAAUACGAAAACUUACAGCAGAAACUGAAAACGGAGAAGUUGCGACUCCAAAGCCAGUCACCACAAAAGUUCGCACAACCGCUACAUCAACGCCAAAACCAACAACUAUUGAAAACAAUGCAGAAACCUUGCAACGUCGUGCGAGUCUUACCAUGGACACAAAUACGCGUAUUGUGCGCAGAAGAAAAUCCAGCUUAGAGAGCGACAACAAUAAAACUGCAGUUGAACCCACCAAAGCUAUAGUCAAGAAAACAAUGGAAAAUUUAAGCGAUGAGAAAACAAAUCAAUCAACAGCUACUACACCUACCGAACCAGGUAUCUUCAAGAGGUUAUCUAUGUACUUCAGAAAGCAACCUUCUGCCACAGUAGUGACAAAUGAAACGCUGCCUUCUGAUCCCACCGAAAUUGUUGACAAACACGAUAUGCUAAUACCAGCUUCUGACAAAUUGUUCAGCAAAACUUUUGUGCGCCAAUUUUUUACCGAGGCAAGAACACAAUGGACCCAACUCAAGCGCGACUAUCCACACAGUUUGAUUGAAAUGAGACAACUACGCAAUAAAUGCUUUUCCCAUGGCAUCGCUCUGAUUAUGUUAUGUGGAUUCGGCGGCUUGAUGUUUCGCUACACCGAAGGUUCUUCUGAAAAUAUUUACAAAUGCGAAGUACGCAAAGUCAAACGCGAUUUCGUUGAUAAUUUGUGGUCUGUCAGUCAUAAUAUGAGAGAAGAUGACUGGAAAUCGUUGGCAAGGCAGAAACUGCGUAAAUUUGAGGAAGAAUUACAUGCACUUCAGGAAUUGGGUAUACGCCGUUACCCAGGUCAGAAGUCAUGGAAUUUCGUCAACUGUAUACUAUACUGUUGGACCGUAGUAACAACGAUAGGUUAUGGCCACAUAACUCCAAAAACUGUUCUUGGUCGAUCGUUAACAAUUGUCUAUGCAAUAAUUGGCAUUCCGAUGUUCUUGAUCAUCCUUGCUGAUUUUGGUAAACUAUUCACCCGAGGCAUGAAGUUCCUAUGGGCGUAUGUUAGGCGUCUAUACUAUACGGGCACCUGUCGAAAGAUACGUAAACAGCAACAAGUUCGUGAUGCAAUAAGCGGCUUUAAUACUGCCUACAAUUUAGCCAUACGUCGUCCCAGUCAUUUCUUUAGCAUGGGUCCCGAUACCGACAUUGAGUCACAAGCAUCUGAGCCGGGCAAAUCAGUUAGUGCUUCACAUCCAGAAACACCAACUUCACCAUAUCCUGAGACAUUCGAAAUAGACGAUGAGUUUAAUUUACCUAUAUCUCUUGCCGCUGUUUUAUUAAUAUCCUACAUACUGAUUGGUGCUGCUGUAUAUACAAUCUGGGAGGAAUGGCAUUAUUUUGAAUCAAUCUAUUUUGUAUUCAUAUCUAUGUCAACUAUUGGGUUUGGUGAUUUUGUGCCCGAUCAUCCCAUUUUUAUGAUGUGCAGUAUAAUUUAUUUGAUCUUUGGCUUGGCUUUGACUUCCAUGUUCAUCAACGUGGUACAAAUCAAAUUAAGUGACACAUUUAAACACGCCAGUGCCAAACUUGGCGCUACUAUUGGUUUUGGUGUGGGUAGCGAACUCGACGAAAUGACUGAGGGUGAUGAAAAUGGUUCACAGAUAAAAACUCCUUCAGAUUUACCUUCUGUGCACGGUUCACGAUUGGGCAAAAUUGCUGAAGAUGAAAACGAAACAAGGGCAUCACCACCAACUUUACCUUCAAUACUAAGACGUCCAAAUUCACCAACACAAAAUACACAGUCGAGUCGAGAUGAAAACGGGAGCAAUAUUGAACCGCCGCCAUUGUUGCCAAAACGACAAGUUGCUGUGGAACCACCUGCCGAACCUGAAACGAAGAAGAAGAGACGGUUUUUUAAAUAAUAUAAAAAUCUGCUAACUUCUGUUAAAUUUUGAACAUUUUGUAGUUAUUUGCGCAGCAGCCAUUUUUACUCUAGUUUUAAGUAACAACUAAACGCAGAUCUAACUUAUU